AUGAGAACGAACGGAUCAUCCCGUGGCCUGAGCAGCCCCUGUUCUACAAGUGGCGGAGCAUCCCCAAAUGGCUCUCCAGAGACCAAACUCACCGUCUACUCACCAGAGGAUCUACGGUCCAAGGGUCGUUCGGACCCAGUCCUCGUUGGCCCAUCAAGUGAUGGCGGAUAUCGAAAGCUUUAUUCAGUAGCAGCAGCUUCAGACCCUUUCCUGAUGCCCACAGGCGCCUCUAACAGAGCCCAGCUUUCCCCAACGGCUGCAAGCUUUACACCGACUGGGAUUAGAGAGACUGAAGCCAACAGAACUUUGUCCCGAUCAUCGUCUCGUUGCUUCUCCAAUGUCAGCUAUCUAUCCUCUCAUCCUGGAUCUGAAUCCUCCGGACCAAGAAAUGGACCCGCCAAAGCCCCCCAGGGGUUAUCGUCGAACUACGGAGUCAUCGGCGACGCUGAAGGUGCUAGAAGAGAUUCAGCAAUCCGACCCUCACUUGACAGAUUCGACGUCGAGAGGCGAAGUCGUGCACUGGUCGUCGAGAACGUCCCAACUAAUCUUUCUUACAUGUCUCUUGCUGGAUUCUUCAAUCGGCGUGAGUUUGCGACAUUGAAAGGUCCACUCCUGACGGAGCUCAGUUCCAUGGGUAAAGUAUAUGUUGCAUUCGCAGAUAGCCGUGAGGCAAAGAGAGCGAUGGAAAAGGUUCACCUUCUGCGCCCGGAGUGGCGUGUGUUUCCCCUUACAGCCAAAGAAUAUGUGCAGCAUUCAGACGCGUCUCUUGUCCCCAAAACAUCCGACUAUGAAGGUCAAUUGUUUGUGACUAUCUACUACGACAGUCGGAACCCAGGGUUGAACCAGCACUCGGCCACACGGUCCCUCGAUGCUAUUGCAUCGACUUUUGGCGACGUGAAAGAUCUCAGUGCCCUUCCGACUGCCCAGGAAAACGUUAGCGAGUUCCAUGUUGAGGACUACGUUUUCGAGGUUUCCUCGUUCAAGCCAGACGUCGAUGACAAGUUAUACUUUCCUCGUGCUACUUCAUCUCCAGUAAGGGAUGAUUGUACUUCCUAUGACCCUUCGCGCUCGAGAAGCGCCUCCUUGACCCCAAGCCGAACAGGCCAUUCACUGUACAUGGAGCUUAGCCCUACUGGCCGCUCGACUGUUCCACCCGGUGAGCAUGCCGGACUCAUGGACUGGAUGUCUAGGGCUGGAGAAGGGAUCUCGCCGUCCCCGCGCCGUGAACCCGGUCGGUACGUGGACAUGAGACUCAACAACCAGAAUGCGGUAGACAUUGAACGGAUUCGUCUUGGCCUUGAUGUUCGCACCACGAUCAUGCUUCGGAAUAUUCCCAACAAGAUUGACCAGAAGACCAUGCUUAAAGCUAUUGUCGAUGAGACUAGCCACGGUAAAUAUGACUUUAUGUAUCUACGCAUUGAUUUCGCCAAUAAUUGCAACGUGGGAUAUGCUUUCAUAAAUUUCGAAGAUUUCGUCAAAAUGCGCGCUGGGCGUACUUGGAAUUGCUUCAACAGCGACAAGGUCGCGGAAGUGUCAUACGCAAGUAAGCGAUGUGAUGGAUAUCUCCGCGUUCCUGCUCUGACCCUCGAUCUAGCAAUCCAGGGCAAAGAUUGCCUCGUGCAAAAGUUCCGGAAUAGUUCUGUGAUGCUGGAGCAUCCAUCAUUUCGCCCCAAGAUCUUCCACACAGGAACUGGACCUCUCGCUGGUACUGAGGAUCGCUUCCCCGGUCCUGACAACCCAUCGAAGAUGAGACGCACAACAGUCGGACUACAUACUCAUCUCUGUCAUUUGCCAGGUUUAUUUGCUCCACGUGUCGGUCAGCAGUAUCGUGACGAACAACGUCGCCGUCGCUCACAGUUUGACCGCGGAACCACUGCUGCGGAAAGAGAGAUCAUAUAUGUCCGCACGCUGGGUCCGAGACACACACCCGGCAUUAGCAGUGGGCUGCGGAGCGCUCCUUGCACCUACCCCGGUUUGAAGUCCUGGUUUGAACCGACUUUUGCCGAACGUGGUCCCCGGACUUCUUAA